AUGCGGUCCUGCACGGCUACUCUCAGUGUGCUGCUCUUACUUGUUACUGUGUGUGAAUCAGCUGUUACUACAGUGAAGGUGAAGCUCCAUGACUCUGCUGUUCUCCCCUGCACUGGGAGAUGUUCUGGAGUGAUCAGCUGGACUAUGUUCAGUAAAUCCUCUGAUAUUCUGGCUGAGUGUGAUCAGACUUCCUGCAGAUCAGUGAAGGAGGGAUAUCAGAUGAUCUAUAAUCAAUACCUGCAGGGAGAUCUCUCUCUGAUCAUCACUGAAGCUGAUUUCAGUAAGAGAGGAAUAUAUACCUGUAACUGUGAUAAGAAGGAUCUCUGUGAUGUUCGUCUACAGAUUGAAGCUCUACAAACAACAGUCCAGAUAAAACCUGGUGAAUCUCUGCAGCUGGAUCUGCACAUAUCAGAACGAUUGGAGGUGAUCUACAGCAGCACUGAUCCAGCUAAACCAUCCAAUAUUCAGAUCUGCAGAGUGGAGAAACGCUCAGUAAAGCUGAAUCGUGAAUAUUCAGAGAGAGCAUCAGUAUCAUCUGCUCUGGAGCUGAGAGGAGUGAAGGAGUCUGAUAGUGGAGUUUAUACUGUACGAGACUUACUGAAUGAUGAGAUCAUCCAUAUCUACACAGUGAUCGUACACGUUGAAUCAGCUUUACCUUCAGUGAAGGUGGAGUUUAACGGUACUGCUGUUCUGCCCUGCUCUGAGAGAUGUUCUGGAGUGGUCAGAUGGUCCAUCCUCUCCAGAUGGUCUCAGAAUCCCUCUGAUAUUCUGGCUGAGUGUGAUCAGACAUCCUGUAGAUCAGUGAAGGAGGGAUAUCAGAUGAUCCAUGAUCAAUACCUGCAGGGAGAUCUCUCUCUGAUCAUCAGUGAAGCUGAUUUCAGUAAGAGGAGCUGGUAUAGCUGUAAUUGUAAUAAUAAAGAGAUCUGUGAUGUGAGUCUUCGUCUUGAGCCUCCUGAGUUUUCUCUGCAGAUGAAGGCUGGAGAGUCUCUCACUCUGGACUUUCCUGUAUCAGAACCAGUGCAGGUGAUGUUCAACAGGACUGGAGACGCUAACGCAGUUCCUGUGAAGGUCUUUGAGGGGAGUAAAAUCCAGUGUGACCCGGCGUAUGAGGAAAGAGCAGUGCUGGGUCCACAGCUGAAGGAGCUGAAGAGCUCGGACAGUGGUGUUUACACCAUAGUGGACACCAAGAACGAGGAGGUGGUGUCCAUAUUCAGAAUCACAGUUAUAGAGGAGAAGAGGAGCUGGGUUUGGAGGUUUUGGGAGAAAGAUGAAUGUUUUAUCGUUUUUUUUGUAGGGGUGGGGCUUGGAGUGUUGGUGGGCAUCUUUGUCCCACCACAGAUAAUGCGAUUCAGUAGAUGGCUGUGGAGAAAAGUAUGGUGUCCACGUGGUGAUGAUAACAGUGAAAAGAGUUCUGCUGCUGCUGCUGCUGGGGGCAGUGAUCAGUCUCCUGGUUCUGAAGGUGUUCCCCUGAAAGAGCCCAUCUCAGAUUAGUGUAUGGAAACACGGACUGUAAUGGAUCAGAUCCUUCAUGUUGCGUUUCUGUGUGAGAAAAGACAGACGACUGAAGAUCAGCGUCAGCCACGGAUUCGAAACCCUAAUUGGCAUUGUGGUAGAUUGGCCUUAAGAUAACAAGCUUAGCUUAAAUAAUCAUGCUAGCCAAAGCCUUAACCUAUAAUUAAAAGCACAUAUUACACAAA